GAUCCUGCCCAAUCACGUCGUAUCAUCUGGCCGGGACAUUCCUACGCCUUGACAGAAAAGACAUGAUUUCCUUACCAGUCCUGUUCACAGUUGAGCCUGAUAGAGCCUUUCCCUUCUGUCAAUGGAGUGCAUGACUGGGAAGCUAAUCAUAUGUUUCUCGUUAAACAGCUCAUAUUUCGGUUCUUUCCCCUCCUCUCAAAACCCCUGGAGCAUCUGGGCACUUCUAGUCUCAAAAAUGUCCGAUUCUCAGAACGUGAACCACCGAAACCACAGAAACUGAAAGUGGUUUGUUACAUGCCCAGUGAAUCGGCAGUAGCUGAUGGCGUGGUCAGCAAUGAUCAGAAAACAAUUAGAAAGAGCGAUGUGGUACCAUGUGCGCAGAAUUACUACUUGAACCAAUUCGUUGGCCAUCCACAUUACGAAUUUUUGAAGAGUUUGAAAGAGGGUCUUGACUCUUGGGAAGGAAUGAUUGAUGAUUACUGCGAGAGAACCAAGAAGAUCUCUGUAUCUCAUCAACGUAAAAUCAUAAAAAAGUUGGAAGAACCUGCCGGUAAACAGCAGAUUUCUAAGAAACAGCAGUAUAAGGAUUUGGACACAGAGGCGCACAAGGCUCCUGAAGAUCUUCAUAUAAGACUCCUUGAAGCCACUUCAGACUGCCCAAUUUGCAUUGAUAGAUUUCAAGAGCCCAAGAGAAAUAACAAAGGACAAUGGGAAUGGGAAAAGCUCUACAGCUGCCCAGCAUGUAACUGGUGUUUCCAUAUCGAAUGUCUCGACAAAUGGCUCUCUAAGGAAAAGGCUUUAACUUGUCCAACUUGUAGGACGCUAAUUGAUAAUGGUCGUCGGCAUAUGGCAAUCCUGGAACGAGUACAAACUCCCCGGUUACACCAUCUUGAAAUUCCAGAGUCAGAAGAACUCUUAUCGGAUGAGCUUUAUCUUCCAUCACCUGAGGCUGAAUCACAAGUUAAUAAAAAAUGA